AUGAAUCUCAGUAGCUCCAUCAAGACCAUGCAAAAUGGACUGAACUUCAACUGCAAGUCUCUCAGAAGUAGCCAAGUCACGCAAGAGAAGGAGGGAGGAAAGGCAGCUCCGAUAAAACUUGCUUUUUAUGUUGCUGAGCCAGAAAAUGGAGCAGAUGACAAAGCAUCUCCGAUUAUCUUUCUUCAUGGAAUAACAGCGUGUAAAGAAUUAUGGGAGACAGUUCCGCAAACAGUUGCAAAUAUGUCAAAAAGAAGGGCAUAUGUUGUUGACCAACGAAAUCACGGAGAUGGUGAGUGGUCAGAUAUUUUCACUUUCGAUGUCCUGGUAGAUGAUAUCUUGAACUUCAUGGAUGAAAAUAAAAUCAAGAAGGCAAUACUAAUCGGUCACAGCAUGGGAGGAAUAGUCAGCAUCAAAACUGCUCUAAAAAAUCCCCAGAGGAUUGAAGCUUUGAUAGUGGAAGACAUGAUUGUGGGAUACGUUGAUAAGGAAUUACUUGGAGUGAUAGAAGCAUUUAUAUCCAAGAGUUAUGAAAUAGUUAUGCAUAUUCCUGCUGGUACUGAUGAAAAUGAAGCUUCACAGUUCUUUCUGGUGUCUAUGGCAGAAGUCAUGAAGAUAGUUCCAGAAAGUUUCGUUCUAACGACUUUCGAUGAAGACAUUAAAGAGAAUAGUACUGCAAAAACUUCCUCCAUUGAUGUUACUUGCCCUGGCCCAGAAGAAACAAGCUCAAGAAUGAUAGUGAAUCUUCAAGACAUGGUAGAAAAACCGUUUCAGGAAUAUUGUCGUGUGCAUUGUUGA